GGAAAGAAGGAAGGUAAUUGACAAGAUGGCUCCGUAUGGUGAAGAAGUUGAGCGCUAUGGGAACAGGAUGCCCGUGCGAAAACACAGGCGCGACAAAAGUGAAAUAAGUUGUUGCCUCAAGUAUCUUAUCUUCGGCUUCAAUGUGAUUUUUUGGCUUAUGGGCUUGAGCAUCAUGGUUGUUGGUGUUUGGGCCUGGACAGAAAAAGACAUUUUCAACAACCUGAGUCGACUGACCAACAUCGCCCUUGACCCUGCUUUUGUUCUGAUUGUCAUUGGAGGCAUCACAUUUAUUAUUGGUUUCACCGGAUGUGUUGGUGCCCUGAGAGAAAAUACCUGCCUGCUCGCUGCUUACGCCAUAUUUUUAGCGAUCUUGUUACUGUUGGAGAUGACGGCAGGCAUUUUGGGAUUCAUCUUUAAGGAUUGGAUCAAGUCUCAGGCUACCAAUGGCUUCCAAGCUUUCAUUGUGUUUUACAGAGAUGACCCUGACCGUCAAAACUUGAUUGACUGGAUUCAGGAACAAUGGCUUGGCUGCUGUGGUAUUGAAGGUCCCAAAGACUGGGACAUGAAUAUCUACUUCAACUGUUCAAGUGUGGAAGUAGGCAGCCGUGAAGCUUGUGGUGUUCCAUUUUCCUGCUGCAAGAGACAACCAAAUGAACUCAUAAAGAACAAACAAUGUGGCUAUGAUGUACGCAAGGCCGAAUAUCAACGGGACAAGUCUCACGUGAUCUAUGAGAAAGGUUGCCUGCGAGCUGGGGAGGAGUGGAUCGAAGCUAACCUGGUGCCAGUGGCAGGGGUGGCCGUGGGAUUGGCUGUGCUACAGGACAAGUCUCAACGUUCGCGCCUCAUAUAUGAGCGAGGUUGCCUGCAGGUUGGGGAGGAAUGGUUAGAGGUGAACCUGGUUCCUUUGUCAGGCGCACUCUUAGUAGUGGCCUUUGCUCAGAUUUUAGGCAUCUGUUUUGCCCAAAAUUUACGGGCAGACAUCUUCGCCCAAAAGGCAAAGUGGCACUGACAUCCGCUGCACACCUGGGCCAAGAUAGCCAGCCGAAGGUUUCAGGGCCCAGAGUGGCGCCACUGACUGGCCCCACGCCAGCUGCCACCAGUACCGACAUCAUCUGGAGCAGCCAGCAUGAGCAGCAGCAGGAGCACAGACGCAACCACCAGGUGGCCCUCAUUACCCUCUUCUGAGAAGCAUGUUGGCUUCCUGGAAGCUAGUGGCAACAAAGCGUGCUGUCGCCCAAUAUGAACUUAUCGCUGAUUGCACUGUCAUAACAAGAAAGAUUGCAGAAAUUGUCAUCGUGAGACUGGUGGUGGGUUAGCUCAAUGCUGUAGGGAUAUCUUAAGUCUUGGAAUGUUUGCGAACAAAAACUUUGAGAAGACCAUAUGCAACUUUGCAUAUGUGGACAUACUUGGCAGACUGUUCUACAGAGUGUCUUUUUCUUAGUCAUUGGGACUGAACGUAUGCUCUCAAGAAAUGGUUAUUGUACGCAGCAAGCACUAAUGCGGUAGUAAAUGGGGCCAGAUGCAACAAUUUCUAUGUUGAGAGAAACAUGGCAAGGUGUCUUUUUUGGAUGAUGUCUAAUUUACAUUGUGAAGACUAGUAGACAUGUUUAUUGUCCUAUUUGAAGUUGCAGAUAACUAUUAGUGAUAUUUCUCAAUGCUGUGAGGCACCAGUGCACAGAACUCGUUUAUGCACUGCAUGAGAGGUUAUUCUCUGUGUACAGACAUGGUAAUUUUAUGCUGAAUAUUCUAACUUGUGUAGGGAAAGAAACUUGCCCCAUAAAAUAUUCAAGGACUGUCAACAUGAUAGUGUAAAUUCUUAAGGCAUGCGUAAUUGUAAUGUGCAUACACUAGCUUCUCAUUUUCUCACACAUUCCAGCGCUUGCACAAUACUUUGAGCAACAUCGGGCUUUCUUGCAACUAGUGUUUUUGUGUAUUCAAAGCUGUGGCUUAAUUUACUUUCUUAUCGUUAUGCUCAUAAAGUCUUCUGCAUUAUUCAUAAUAAGGUCAUAAUAUUGAAGAGGCCUGCUGAAUAAAUUUAGGGAUGUAUUUAGGGAACGAUAGAUGUGGCACAAAAGAUGUCUGUCGGUGAGGUUCGCAGCGACGGUGAAUUGAUUAUUUUGUUUCGACUGCUAGUUUGUGUAUGCCUAUGCAAGCGCUGUACCCAUAUGGUACUGUUAUUUUAGUAUAGCUGAAGGUCGAUUUAACGAAGUGAUGCUGAGGCAUUUUAUUACAUUGGGAAGUUCGUAAAAUUGUAGAUUUUUUUGGUCCUUGAAAUCUACAAUUAUAUUGUAGCAUGGCCUGGCAGUUGCUGCAGAAUUUUAUUUGCGAUACACACCUACACAGGUGAAUCAUCCACGGCUUCAUCUCGAGUAUGAAAUAUUCUCAUGUCCUGGUGAGAAAGGUGAGGCAGAUGAUCGCGUGAAGCUCCCACAAGCUGCCAAUAUUCGGACAAAUCGAACAAACGCCAUCAAAGUGUGAGCAGGUAGAGCAGGAAAGUUUCAAGGAGGCGACCAGUGCCAUCCCUCAUAUUAACUAUUAAAGAAAGCUACCACCCUGUUCCUGGGUUGGUAAUGGCAGGGACAACGAAGCAGUAACACCCAGUGCCAUUUGAUAAUUAAAUGCAUUACAGACUGUAGCAUGCAGCCUGGUCCAAGUAAAACUAGUUUUGUGACUAUAGGGUGGCUAGAUCUUUUGAUGUCAUACAUUACGAUGUGCGUCUGAAAAAAAGCAGUCUGUGAAAAUUGAAAAAUCGCCGCAUUUUCGCUCAUUCACUUAAGAAAAAAUUGCGUAGGAUUAAGUACAGAGCCAAUUCCAUAAAAUUAAGUACGGGGCCUUGAAAUUUUAAUUUCAGUUGAUGACUGUGUUGAAUUCUAUAGGUAUGUGUGAGGGAAUGGAAAUUUUUCCGUUUGGAAAACUUGUAAAAUUGGGUUUUGUCAGAUCGAGUUUUAAUUUGCUGCUAGUUUGUGUUACUUGUUAGGGGUACACUGUCCUUUUGUAAUUUUGGAACUUCUGGCCUAUUAAUGAAUAAAUGGGCUGCGGCUUAAACGUCCUAAAAUUCGGAAGUUAUUGGAAAUGCCAUGCCUUGCUACCUUUUUUUUUUUUGUGGAGGGGGAGAUGUGGUCAUGCACUCCAGAUGUGUUAACACAAGAUGGCACUUCUAAACGGAUAGCUGUCCUGACUACACUGGCAUGGUGUUAUAUUGCUGUUCACAAUGAACACUAUGCUCGCGCUGUAGAUUGAUCGCAGGAUGUGUCAUGCUUCAUCGCGACUUGUGAAACAGUGAUACAUGUGUGAAUGAAUGUAUAUCAUUUAUUGUAAACAUUGUGAAAGUGAAUAAUCCAAGACACCUUAGGUUUUUUUCUGGGCAUGUUUGCUUUUUAAUACUCAUAAGUGUUUCAGUCAACUGUUGAUAUAUCACUGGUUUACAUGUUUUGGACUCUUCUAGUGUAACAGUAAGCUUGUUUCAUGGUGUGAUAGCAAAACCUCUACUUCAGCAGGUGUACGUGUGGCUUCUGCCACUAAAGUGUUUGAACUCAGCUGAGGCUUUUAGGUGGCUGACUUUUGUGUUCAUAUUUUGCAUGUGAAAAAAAAAAUGUGCACUAGUGUCUGCACCUGGCAGAGAUGCCAAUUUUUAUGCUGCCCUGUUGCAAUCUGAUAUUGCUACUAUGCGAUAGAAGCUGUGCAUCAUUGGUGUCGCCUCCUGAAAUCUGUUGUCACCUCCUGAAAUCUGUUGUCACCUCCUGAAAUCUGUUGUCACCUCCUGAAAUCUGUUGUCGCCUCCUGAAAUCUUUCUUUUUUGAAACCUACAACUGACCCCACCAUUAUGUGAAUGGAAGGAAAAACUUGUUGCGUAUGUCUUCCAUUGCAUCCAUUUGAACAAGUGUUUUCUUAACAUCCUGGAUUUCCGUAGGAAGGGCGAAAAAAAUUUUUUAGGUAGCUCUGUGACAGGCUGUCUUUACUACCUGAACAGAUAAGAUAAUUAUUCUGUCUUUUCACUAACAACUUGAAAGUCAAAUAUCUGUCGAUGUGUACUAAUGUGAGGUGUGUUCAUUUUUUAAGUUGGCAACACUCUCAUUUGUUCGGUUUUUUUACAGCAGCAACUUCAGGAGUGCAGUUCGGUCUAGCAGUUGCCCUAAUGAAUCUUUCCAGGCUAUUUUUGUGGGUUGCUGUAAACGACAAGCAGAUUAUAUUCAUUGAAACAGUAGCUAGUGAGCACUAUUCUGCUACAUUUUUGCACAAUCAUUCAUGUCUGUUUUUUUUUUCUUUUUAUCUGUUUCCAUGUAUGGUUCUUUGUUCUCAGCGUGCAUAAGUUGUUCUGCUAUAUAUUGCCAUGCCUGGUAGGGCAAAUGUGGGUUUUGCUCAAAUAACUUUUUUUUCUUUUUGUGUUCGCUUUCCACUUUCUGUAAGGGUCCAAUGGUCUCUACUUCCUGCAAGACAAUGCAUCACCAAAGUUUCUUCCAUUGCAUUGUCGCCCGAUUUCCUUGCUUGGGAAGUUUUUCGCUGAUGCUGAUUGUGUUGUUAUUCGACCUUGUGUUUGACACUGUGUUUAUACUAUUUAUUUAUUUGACCUUAAGAGGAGGGGUAGCCUCAUGUCGUAUAUUUUUUGCCUCAUGUUGUAUAUCUUUUGUCUCGUGUCGUAUAUCUAUAUUCAGAGUGAGAAUGUGAUCUUUACACAGCACAAGUGAACACUGAGCAUUUUAAUCACUGCCGGACUUAAACUCUCGAUUUUGGGUGGCAAGGAAGAAUAUGUGUCGUAUACCUAUAGUAUGAGCUAGCUUUUUUCUUAUCUUUACUGUAACAUCAAGAGAACUUGCUGUGAACUCCAGCAAGUCAGUCUCAAUGUACAGUUUUGCCAGUUCUUUGUGACAGUGAAAGGUCUUUGUGAAAGUUAUAGCCUGUAGUUAGCUGAGCACGUGUAUUGGGCUUGAAUGACUGUAUGGGAGUGUUUGCAAAAGCUGCUAAUAGCAGCAGCUCCAAUUUUGCAUGUCUUGGGAGGUCUUCACACAGAGGGUGAACUAUUCUGGGUAACCUGGUGUGCGCAAAUGCAGACGAAUGACAACAGAAAAGAACUAUAUAGCAGAAAUCAUGGUAGUGUGGCUGCAGCGGUUUUUAUUUUGCUGCUGUUUGCCCUCUUUCAAGCAAUGUCGAGCUACAGUAGCAACUGUGUGUUUCCUGUUAUACAUAUAAAGUAUAUACAUAAUGUGUACGAUAUUUUCGCAUCGGAUAGCUUCUUGGAAAAACAAUGCUAGGCCCUGUAGUGAUGUUCUAUGACGAUUUUUAAACUCUUGUGCCCUUUUUGAUGGAAUUUUUUUGUGACUGUUGUGUGUCUGAACUGUGCAGACUUUAUCCUGCACAUUCAACUGUGCUCAGUGUAUAUAAAACACAGUGUGUACUCAUCGUGUUUGUAUGCCGGCUCUAUUUAUUUGUGAAUAGAGUUCUAUAUGAGAAGUUGACAAGAGAUGUCUGUCAUCUGCACUGUCAUUAGUCAUGUAGGAUUAUAUAUUCCCCACAAAUGCGACGUACCGUUGCGAACAAUAAAGAGUGUCCUUCAACAUUUCAAAA